GUGAAGAGGGGGGAAGGAAGAUUCCUGCAUCCAUAGAUUUGAUGUGAGUGAAUUUGGCGCAUCAAGGGAAAGGGGUGAAAUCGAAUUGGUACAUGCAUGAUCCUGUUAGCGAGUCGACCUAAACCCGAGGAGCGCACAGGUAGGGAACGAGGGGGAAUCCUACAAGCGCAACUUUUAAGAAAUGUACUUCGCAAAGUUUUGACAGGACCAUCCCGAUGCAACCAGCUAGCUGCCGAGGGCACCCGCUUUUCUUUCACUCCACUGAAUUGUAGCAAAUGCUAUUGUAAUGGUAAAAUGCACUCGGAAGAAGAAAAAAGGCUGAUAAGCGAUCAAAAGUGAAGGCUUCCAUGGGAUCGUGGUCACUGAACUUCGGCAGCCUGGAAAGUAGUUUUCAUGUCUUUUUUCUUUUCACCUGAUAGCUUAUUCCAACACCACUUGUUGAUAGUUGUACGAACAUUGGGGUAAUUUGUCGGAAGCGAAAUGUAAAAUCUUAUUCCAUUGGGUUUUCCAUCUGGAGUCUGAGGAUAAUGCGUGGAAAUGUAUUUUCACUUAAGAUUGGCGAUUCCUGUUUUGGCGUCAGUAGAUCUGAAAAAGAAGAAGAGACGGAGAACGAAAACAGCAUCUUUAGUUCAUUACUCUCUACACACGAGACUUGGUUGACUGAAUAGGAGUCCCCACCAGUUCAGUCCAUUUUUCUCGCGUUGAGGACUAUGGAGAGGAACUGCUCAAGCUUCAGCACGUUAUUACAUAGAGGAAGAUUAAUCUAUGUGGAGGCACGGCUCCAGGGUGGAGCCCCCUGGGGCUUCACGCUCAAAGGUGGCCUUGAACAUGGGGAGGCAUUAAUCAUCUCUAAGGUGGAGGAGGGCGGGAAGGCAGAUCUGUUGCAGCACCCCCUGCUGGUCGGGGAUGAAGUGGUCAACAUUAACGAGGUGGAGCUGAGCGGGUCCAGGCAGGAGGCCAUCUCUCUGGUUAAGGGCUCCUACAAGUCCCUCCAACUCACUGUCUGCAGAGAUAGCUGCCUCCUGGACCCAUGCUGCAGCGAGGCAGACGCCCCCCCCUGUCUCGGCCCACCGUACAGCCACGGACCCCCCCGGCAGAACCCAGGAUGUCCCAGCGGAGUUGAGCUUCGCAUCAAGAACAGACGGAGUGAGCCGGCCUCACGGCCCCACUCUUGGCACUCCACCAAACUCGGGGAGGGCCAACCGGACUCCAGCAUGACGCAGAUAUCCCAGGGCAGCGUGGGUACUCCCUGGCACCAGACCUACCAUUCCAGUGCCUCCACCACCGACCUCUCGAGCUACGACCCUGGAUGCCUACGGAAGAGCCCGGAUCAGUACAGCUCCCGGGGCAGCAUGGAGAGCCUGGACCGCGGCCACCCGGCCUACAGCUCCUGCCAGCGACUGUCCCCCUCCAAGUCCUCGGGCAGCAUCGACCACCUGCACAGCAAAAGGGACUCGGCGUACAGCUCCUUCUCCACCAGCUCCAGCGUGCCGGAGUACCCGGCGGCGGCAGGCCCGCCCGCCGGCGCGGAGCGGUCCUACUCCGCCGACAGCAUGCUGGCGGGACAGCAGCGCGGGCCGGAGGCCCCGCGGCAGGCCGACAUCCGCUACGUGCGCACCGUCUACGAUGCCCAGCGGGGCAUCUCGGAGGAGCACGAGGUCAGCACGGCCGGGUUCCUGCAAGGGGGCGAGGGCAGGGCGCAAGCCGAGGCGCGCGGUGGGGGCAGCGCCCACCGAAGCAGCGGCGGCAGCGGCAGCGGAAGUAGCGGUGGCAACUCCGCGUCAAACCGCCACAGCGUGGGGCCCGUGUGGGGCUCCGCUCGGCAACACAACUCCUACGAGAGCCUGAAGGGGGCUCCGCCCCCACCCCAGCGGAGCGACAGCUUCGCCGCCAUCAGGAACCACGAGAGGCCCAGCUCAUGGUCUAGCCUGGAGCAGGCUAGGUCCAUGCGCAGCCUCUACAAGGGCUCCUGGCACCACUCGAGCGGCUCUGUGGCCGGGGGGAAGCCCCUGUUCGCCACCGAGGGCCAACAGCUGCACACCCUGGAGGAGAAGAGCCCUGAAAGCAGCCCAACCACCAGGCCCAGGCAAGGCCUACCGCAGGCCCCGUCCAUGGGCCGCCUCAUGCUGCCCACGGGCAUUUACCAAGUACCCCCGCCGGAGCCCCACUUUGCCCAGGCACCUGCCACCUGCCCCAACUCCAGCAGUGUGUACCCAGCACUGGCUAAAGAGAGCAGGGGCAACCCUGCCGGGGACCGGAGUUCGGGGGCGGGCAGAGAUGGUCCGGUGGUGGAGAAUGGAUACCAAAGCAGCAGCACUUCCUCCACCACUGGCCAGCCCCCCGGCGUCCCCCAACCAAAAUCUCUGUCCCAGCAGAUGGACAGACAGCCGGAGGAGCUGCAGGCCAGCUGCAGCCUCUACAGGCCUCUCUUUAAGCCUCACGCUGAGUCGCACACUGUGCCCCACCUGCAAGGUGAAGAGCACAGCUUCAGGAGAGAUCCCUACACCCCGGUGCAGCAGAGGGGCGAAAGACAGAGGCAUCUCCAGGGCCCUGAAAGCAUGGAGAUGUACACACAGGCACAGGACGAGGAGGCAAUGGUGCCUGUUGAGCCGAGCGCACAUCUGGAGUCCGCUCUCCCGCAGAUGAAUGUUGUGUUUUCCGAGUGCCGGUCCAGCCUGGGUGGCCACAGAGACGGCAGCAUCCAGAACACCCGAGGAAGCAGUGGCACUCCUCAAUCCCAGCAGAGUGAACAUGGGAGCCGGGCCGCGUCGAAUCACCAGGGUGCCCUGCAGCAGGAGCACCCUCUGACCCGGCUGGAGAACGCCCUGGCGGAGGUGCAGAAGGCCGCGAUCCCGGAGAGGAGGGCAAGCCAGUGUGGAUUGCAGGGGGCACAAAGGGAGGAGGUGCCCGCAGGCCGCGUCUCCGUGCUGGAGAAGGUGAGCCGCUUCGAGCAGCAGCACAGGCAGGGCGGUAGCCUCGCGGAUGGCGUCUCGCAGCUGGGGAAACUGCGCAGCCAGAGCACCAGCCUCGUGGGCCCAGAGUCCAGGGCCAAGAGCUUUGGGGUGCCACCCCACAUGCGGACGCAGAGCUACAGUGCGGCGUCCGAGGACGGCGGGGAGCAAGCGUGCCUGCAGAGGCGCCGCAGCACCGAGCACCACCAGCCCUGGAGCUCCCCGCAAUCGGCCCUGCAGAGGAGCAAGAGCACCUUCCACCUGGGUGAGGAGAACGGCAAGAAGGACUUCUUCUGGAGGGAAGACCUGCAGGACAUCUUGGGCACCAUCCAGGACACGUCCUUCAACACUGCCUACAGGGACAGCCUCAAAGACGCCCAGUCCAAGGUGCUGCGGUCGACGUCCUUCCGGCGAAAAGAUCUGAGCGUUGAGCAGCACCCCUCCAGCAAGCACCUGUCUCUCGAGAGGAAGGGCCCCAAGACUUUGCCCAAACCGCACACCCCAAAGGAGAGGCACAUGGUGACCCCGGAGCUUGGGGGGACUGCCGUCCCGGCGCUGCCCAGCGUCCCGCCAGUCGGCCCCCCCACCGUGCGGAUUGGAGGACGCAAGCGGCUGACUCUGGAGCAGAAGAAGCGUUGCUACUCAGAGCCGGAGAAGAUGAACGAGGUCGGAGUGUCAGAAGAUGACGGCUGCUUGAGUGCCUAUGGGAAGGGCCCGGAUCAGCUUCACCUCGCCGAGGCUAGCGUGGCCGACAGACGCAGGCUCUUUGAACUGGCAGCCCACAGAAGUGUUGGCCCUGGCCCCAACCUUGGCCCCUGGCCCGGCCCUGGCCCCGGCCUGGCCUCUUCCUCCUCCUUCCGUUCGGACUUGAAGCAGCUGCAGCACGACGCCUUAGCCGAGUACAUGGAACGGAAAACAGGCCGGCGAGUCGCCAGGAGCCAGCGCCCCCAGAGUGCCUACCUGCAGCCCCCCUCCUACUCCUCCGACUCUCAGAGCCUCUCCUCCACCUCCAGCCUCCUCUCGCUGCAGGACCCCGAGCUCCAGGAGGCAUCCGGCCUCAGCGCCCAUCACAAGGGGGGCCGGGUCUCCUCUACUCUGCCCCCUGGGUUGCAGGGCUACUUAUACCCCAGUGGGAACCCCGCGCGGCCCCCGUCCUCCAGUGAAUCCACCUCGUCCAACUCCUCUGCCCACAAGCCUCGGGCAAGGCCCCAGAGGUUCUUCAGCCUGGAGCAAGAGCUUGACAGACCUGUCCUGGUCACCCUCACCCAGCCUCCACAGAGCCUCCGGCUCGCCCGGCACUGUGACAAGGCCUUCGAGAGAGCUGCCCCAGCACGGACGUCUGGGAAAUCUGCGUCAGCUGAGGACCUGCUGGAUCGAUCUGAGGAGAUCGCCAUUCCUCAGCACUUCCGAUCUCGAUCCUCACCUUCUGUUGAGAAGCUGAACCAGGAUGCAAUGACAGAAUACAGACUGCACACAAUGUUCUCCAAGGAGCCUGCACCAGCCAUCCCCACAGAAACCAGGGCUGUGGAGAGUGCAGGGCAGUUGCCCUCCCAGCAGAUGGAGAGGUACGUGUCCAGCCCGGGUUCGGUGCAGCUGAAGACCCCCGUCAGCCGGAGGGAUAAGCAGAGGCAAUCGGAGAGGCAGCGGGCCCAGAGCAUGUCGGGCCUGGCUGCGUCCGUGGGUCUGCCCUGCCCCUUCUCUGCCCCGAGGCCGUCCGAUUCGCUGUCCCAGGCCUCCCUGGAGGUGCUCGCCCACGGCCUGCUGCCCGACUCGCCCCGCGCCCACACGGCGAGGAAGGGCUCCGGCGACAGCGGCACGUCGGGGGAAACGCUGACUGACGUCCCCGUCCCCGUUGCAGCGGAGGAGGUGCCCCCUGCGCCCUCCGGGGAGGCCCGAAACAGCCCCCUUACACCCCCCUUCCACCACGACCUGCCCCCAGCGGCGCGUCACAGCUUCCCGUCGCCCGCAGAGAGCCCCGUCUCCACCCCGGCCACGCCCCUGCCCUUCCUGCGCAUCUCCGAGUCCAGCAUCCAUUUCAGCUCCACGCCGCCUCUCCUGCCCGAGGAGGACGAGGUGUUCCUGCCCCCCCCGCCCCCGCCCCCGGCCUCCCCACAGCCACUGCCCCUGCCCAUUUGGGAAGAGGACUUCCCCCCACCUCCCCCCCCGCCCCCGGUCCUGCCCCCCCUCGCAGCGGAAGGGCAGGAAUACGUGGAGAUACCCCGGUCUCCUACAGCAGAGCUGAGUCUGCAGAGCCCCUACAGCCUGGACCAUUCAGCUGCCAGCAGGGGGGCAGUGUCGCCCGUGCCCUCGCCCCUGCCGGUGACCCCUGACCUGCUGCCAGCAGCCCCUGUGUCCGACCCGGGCGCAGAGGCCGAGUCCCCGCCUCCCGCCAGCGUCUUGGAGACGGAGGCGAGCUGGGAGGCCCAGGAAAGCCUGGAGCUGGAGUACCCCGUGCUGUCCAAGAGAGAGAGGUCAGCAGAGGAGGUGAGGGUGGAGACGCUAGCCAGGGAGCUGCUGUCCAAGGACAAGUCCCUGACCCCCGUCCUGGACAACUGGGCUGUGCAGAAAGCCAUGGAGCUGAUGGAGGAGGUCUUUCCUGCCAGUGUGCUCCCACGACAACGGAGGACAAGCAGUCGAUUGGAUGACAGAAGAGGUUCAGCUGCUGAGGACACACCGGUGCAGAGGGAAAAUGGAGGGCAGGCAGAGAUGGAGACGGACCUGGACGAAGAGGAAUUGGACCUCAGUCAAAAGAAGGUGGAGCUGGUGCAGGCGCUGUCCCGGAGCGUGGCCGUGCUGCGCGGGGAGAAGGAGGCGCUGGCGGAGGAGCAGAGGAGGUGCAGCGCACUGAGCGCCCGCGUGGAGGCGCUGGUGAAGGAACUGUGCAAGGCCAACGAGUACGAGAAGUACCGCAUGUUCGUGGGGGACCUGGAGAGGAUGGUCAGCCUGCUGCUGUCGCUGUGCGGGCAGCUGGCCCGCGUGGAGAACGGCCUCUCUGCCCUGGAGGGGGAGGAGACGCAGGAGAGCGCUGAGGAGAGGGAGACCCUACAGAAGAGGCGGCGGAAGCUGUGCGGUCAGCACGAGGACGCCCUGGAGCUGAAGGAGAACCUGGACCGGCGCGAGCGGCUGGUUCUGGACAUCCUGGGCGGGUACCUGAGCGGGCCGCAGCUGCGGGAGUACCAGCGCCUGGUCCGCGUGAAGCCGGCGCUGCUGAUCCGACAGCGCCGCCUGGAGGAGCUCAUCAGGCACGGGGAGGGGCAGCUGCACAGGCUGGGAGAGCACCUGCAGCCCGGGGACCAGGACCCCGCGCUCAGCCCCGGCCCCUGCGCCUCCCCCCCUCCGCCCUGCUCCGCUGCCGUCACCUCCCUUUGACCCCAGCUGCUCACAGAGACUGCUGAACAGUAUACUUGAACUGACACCUCUUCCCCCGGCUGGACUGCACACACCCGGUUGGACACCUCCCUCCCUCUCUCCCUCAGAUGGGGAGAUUUGCUUUAUGUGGAAGGACAAAGUCACCUGCUUAGUCAUUCUGAAGGACUCUCGCACCAGACUCACACACCAGAUCCACAGACCAGUGACUUGUAGCAGACAUCGAAUGGCAGGAAUAUUUCUGCUUCGGUCUGCUUUUUAACUAUGAAACACCCCCUGGCUUUUCUUUCACACUGAUGAAUUGUGCUCACCGUGGCCUUAUCGUGAAUAUGGAUUUUUUCUAGAUGUCUUAUGCAUAUAGAUCAAGCGGCUGAUUUAAUGUACAAUAAAAGGGAAUUGGCAUUAGGGUUCAUAACUAUGGAUAGAGCCUAUGCUUUUUUUAGCAAUGGUGCUAAAAAAUUGUUAAUCCCAUCCCAUUUCUAAGAGAACAUGAUGGGUUUGGCCAUCAGUGAAAUAAACAAAAAAUGGCAGAGGUUGAGAAGAAAGACAAUAGCAUACACAAUGUGCUUUCAUGGUAUCGGUACUUCAUCUUUCUAAAUUAUUAUUUUUGGGAAUCAUUACAGCCCAGCAAUUUGGAGUAGAUUUCAUAUAGUGAAAUGACUGCUCUGCAGUAUUAAACAACUGAUUUGUUUUUCCUUGUGUACUGCAUUUGUGGAGAUGAUGCUCUACCUGCAAUGAUAAAGGACUGCCCAUUUUGUUUUCAGAAAAGCACUGUUUGCUAAAUCCUCUUAGCCACCCUCUUCUUCUGCAUCAGCACAAAUGUUAAUAGCACUGGACCGAAAUGGAACUUGCUCCGUCCGGUUACUCCGUCGUUCACCAGCACCGUUGUAUUCUGUCAUAUGAAGCCUGCGCUCUACGGAAAAACAUACUUUAACUUCGGAUAUUUGUCAUGUGAAUUAAAACAGAAUUCAGUAUCGCUCCCAUGUGAUCCAAGCACAGCAAUGAUUAUUUAUAUAUAUUUUAUGUAAGCGGCUGUAUAUAUGGUGUGCUAACCUCUCUUCUACAAAUUGCUAUUAUGUGGAUGACUUAAUGACGGGAUGUUGUUGAACUUGUGUGAAAUGUCAAGACAGACAACGUUGCUUUCACGAAGGAAAGGAGGUGUUUGUCCACCAAAACUAUAAUUCCAGAGGACAUUCGGCAAAGUUUGUAGCGGUUAUUAAUAUUCCUGUUUGCAAAAUCCAUAAAGGCAGGAAGGGUGUGCAUGUCUGCUAUUUCUGUUUAUGUCAAAUCACACAGGGUAAUGUUAUAACUAGACGAAUACAGCUGUAAGGACAGCACACUGCGAUAGCUCCUGUGCAUUUAAUUAUGUGUCCGUAGGGCGCAUCCCAAAUUAUUUUAGCCAGUGUAAUUUUUCAUUUUAAGAGCACCUUCUACGUCACAUUUAAAUACAUAUAAAACACAUGCAUAUGGAUAUAUUCAGUAAUAACGGCAAAAGGUGCCAACAAUGCAUUCAUUGCUUUGCAGAGAUAUUUUUAAACACCCAGAUUUUACUGUUUCCGACACUUAAAGUAAUCAAGACGGCUCAAACCUUGUUUUAUGGCGGAAAACAAUUGGAAAAAAAUACUCUUUCUAUGAAAUAAAUCUAUUUUUAAAGA